AUGAGUCUUGUUGGCGAGGUAUCGAAAGCUAUUCGCACGUUAAUCACACUUCAAAAUUGGGCAAAGGGAGAUAGUAGCUUGACAAACUUCGUUCAUGAGGCAUGGAAAUUCGCACUGAGAUAUCGACGCAUGAUGGAUCAAGCACCGCUCCAAAUAUAUAUAUCAGGGCUACUGUUUGCGCCAAAAGAAAGCAUUUUUCGUGCAGAGGUCGGAAAGAAGAGGCCUGACUGGAUCAAGAGAGCACCGGAAGUGAUAGAAAUAUGGGAUGGAGUUUUAACCACGCUUGAGGGUCAUUCGGGAUGGGUCGACACCGUGACCUUCUCGCCGAAUGGUAUGCUAGUGGCUUCAGGAUCGUGUGACGAGACUGUGCGGCUAUGGGACGCUGCUACAUGGCAGAUGAAGACCACACUUCAGUGCCUAUCCUUGGUUAAAGCUGUCGCCUUCUCGCCAGAUAGCAGACUGAUGGCGACGGGCUUAAUGAACCACAUCAUCCAGCUCUGGGACGUGGCCAUAGGGCAGCUGAUAACUACUCUGGACACCUCUAGUUCGACAACAUAA